AUGCCAAAUAAAAAUAUAAGCAGGGCGAGGUUCAUAAAUAACAAGCUUUUGGGUCGAAAAAGGGACGUUGAAGAGAAAACUUGCAUCGAAGAAGACAUCCGAGAAAUUCGUCCUCUCACGAUGCAGCUGAGCACAGAGACGACACAAGACAGGCAAGAGGUUGUAGAGGUUUGUGAGGACUUAUAUCAUUUACUUAAGCAUGAAGACAUUCAUCUCUUAAAGGAAUUUCAUAGAAUGUACCUUGAUUAUUCCUUUACGAAUAACCUCCCGCCCCAAUUAAAGGCACUCGACGCCUCUCAACCUUGGUUACUGUAUUGGAUAGGUAAUUCGUUACGCCUUAUGAACCCAAAAUGGCUAAGCAAGAAUUAUCAGCAGGGUAUCAGUGAAAAGCUUUUAAAUGCCUCCGUUAACGGGGGUCCUUUCUGCGGUGGUUUAGGGCAGUUGCCGCAUCUGAUCUGUAACUAUGCUGCUGUGACUGCUUUAGCACUUUGUGACAAUUAUGAUGACUGUUGGAGCAAAAUAAAUGUGCAUGGCAUAUAUCAAUGGCUAUUAGCUUUGAAAAUGCCCAAUGGGGGAUUCAAGACGUGUUUAGAGGUAGGCGAAUGUGAUACGAGAGGCACAUACUGUGCUUUAAGCGUAGCAGCAAUGCUAAAUAUACUUACUCCUGAGCUUUGUACCGGUGUAGAGGAAUUCCUCAUUAAAUGCCAAACAUAUGAAGGUGGAUUUGGUGGUUGUCCUCAAGAAGAUGAAGCUCAUGGAGGGUACACCUAUUGUGCGGUAGCCAGUUUGGCAAUCCUUGGACGUUUGGAGGUUAUUAACGUAGGUAGUCUCAUGGAAUGGUGUAGCGCUCGCCAGUUCAAUGAAGAGAGAGGUUUUUCCGGAAGAAGCAAUAAGUUGGUUGACGGUUGUUAUAGUUACUGGGUUGGCGGAACAGCUGCAAUACUGGAGGCUUAUGGCUACGGCGAAUGUAUUGAUAAGCCAAUGCUACGUGAUUACAUCCUAAAAUGCUGCCAAACCAAAGAACGACCCGGUUUGCGUGACAAGCCUGGUAAGUCUCCGGAUUUCUAUCACACGAACUAUGUCAUGCUAGGACUCUCUAUUACUGAGCAUAAUUUUAAAGUACAAGGUUCCGUAAAUAGCAUCAAAUGUGCACCAAUCAAGGAGUCUGCUGAGAUAGUACCAAUAAACCCCGUUUUUGGACUACCUUCAGAAGAUUUGGAGAAGUUCGUAAGGUUCUACUCGCAUUAA